AUGCUUAACAAAACUAGCUCAUUUGAUUAGUUAUCAUUUAAUUUUGGAGUAACUCAAGAAAAUAAAACUUAUGUUGUAGGAAUUAAGAUGAAGGAUAAUGAAUCUGAAUGGUUAUAAGGAAAUGAAUGUAUAGUAUGCGAUUUAAAUUUUUCUAAGAGUGGAAAACCACAUCAUUGUAGAGUCUGCGGCAACUCAGUUUGCAAAAACUGCUCUUACAAAAUGGUCAAUGAUAAGAGAUCGUGUGAUCUGUGUUUUAAGAGAAUUUAGUUGGUUGAUUAAGAAAAACUUAAGAAAUAGUAAAUUAAAUCAAAGAAAGAAUCAAUUAAAGAAUUAAAGAACUAAAUCUAAAAACAAUAAGAAAAGAAUGACUAAAUGAAAAAUUAGUUAAUUGAACUAUAAAAGUAAUUUGAAAGACAAGAACGUGAACAUGCACAACAAGAAAAGCCUCUGGAGGAUUAAUUUGAUUAGAAAAUCAAUAUGAUCAGAUAACAGAUAGAGAAUAACAAUAGAUUAGAUGAAAAUAUUAAAGGGGAGAGAAUUCAAUUAGAAGAAAUCGAAAGAGAGAUUAUUGAUUUACAUAAUAAUAUAUAAAAGAAAGGAUUUGAUAUAAAAUUUGCAAAUGAAAGAAAAAAAGAAUUUCAUGAAAAUCUUCAAAAACAUGAGAAGCACUUAAAGGAUUUAUAAUAAAGUUUAGAACAAAAGUAGUAAGAAUAUACUGAAAUAGAAAACAGAAGAACUGCAUAGAAGUAAAUAAUAUCUGAGGAGAAUGAGAAGAAUGAGAAGAAUGAGAAGAAGAGUAGCGAUUUAAAUAAGGAAUAAAAACAUAAAGAAAAUUGUAUUAUAUAUUGAUUAAAAUACAAAUUAAUAAAAUUACGAUUGUCUA